CAUCCUGUCUAGGACACGUGUAGUAUGGAAAUGUCAACAUCUAACGAAGUAAAACUCACACUAUGCCUUAGAAAUGGCCAACAAGUUGAAUUUGUAAAGCCAUGUGCCGCCACAAAUGGCGGUGUAGACUUUGUUACAUUACACAAAGUACUCUGUUCUGUUCAGCAGGAAUCAAAUGCAUUUUUAACUACCAUAGUUGAAGAAGAAAAGGCUUCCAGUGGGUCUACAACUCUAAAGGCUAAUGUUGGAGAAACCGAAGAUGAGGAAGAAGAUGAGGAAGAUGAAGAAGAUGGGAGUGGAGAUGCUUCAUUAAAUGGACCUGUGGAAAAGAAACAGAAAAUAUUGUCGUGAACAUAUGAUAGGAUCUCUUUCUCUUGUUCCAUCUGAUGUCUUUGAUCCAUCAGAAACUUAAACUAGGAGGUGCUUCAAGAUUGAUUUUUUAUCAACAGAAUGACAGUGAUUUCUGGAUACAGAUUUGUAUGUGCUGGACAUGACUUUCUGUAAAAAGUCAGUACAUCCUAGGUGGUAAGGUUUGUCCAGCUGUUAUGGAGGAGGAAGAGUCUCACUGAUAGCUCUUGUAAUACCAGGCAGCACUAAUCGCUGGUACAUGUCACAACAUAAAACUGGCAGUCAGGACAAGGAUUUGUCUAAAUGUGAAAACUCAAAAAUAACAGAACUGUGUGAACUUGGAUCAAUGUUGUAUUACGGAUGACCAAUUAGAUAAGGAAGUCAAUGAUUGUAUGUGUUAUAAUCUAUCAAUAGCAAGUCAUGUAAUAUUAUUUAAGAUGUGUCGGAAUCGUGUCUAGAGGUAAACUUUGACAGAUAUUUUCUUGUCUACAGAUUUUAGGUACCAAAUUAAUGUCAAACAAUCUUGAUGCUAAAACUUUGUCAUUAAUAACUCCCAAUUGACACAAUCUAGUGUUUUCUACACUAUUAACGAUAAAUUUAAAUUCACAUCCUCAAUAUACCGAGGUAUUAUGCUCAUUUUCCAGAAUAAGUCAUACAACAUGGAUGCUCUAUAUUGCUGUUGUUUCCAUGUGUUUUUUGUGUCUACAUAUCUUUUAUAAAACCGAGAGUUUAGGUGAGCUAAUGCUCCUGAAAAAGUCUGAAAAGGAUUUUAUUUUUUUUAUAUAUAAUAUACCUCUCGCAAUGAGGUUUGGGGGGUAUACUGGAAUCAGCUUGUUGAAAAAUCCUUGUCCUGUAAACGUCUCCUAAACUACUGGGCUGAUUUCAUAGAAAGUUUACAGAUAUGGUAACUACCCCCUGAUGUUGUGUAUCCAAGAAGUUUUUUUUUAUUUAGACCCUUUUACAAGGAGUUAUGGCCCUUUGUUGAAAAAAACUCCUUUGAAAAGACCUUUGUCCACCUCCUAAACUACUGGGCCGAUUUCAAUGAAAGUUUACAGAUAUGGUAACUAACCCCAACAUCGUGCAUCUAGUCAAUUCUGACCCUUUUUACAGAGUUAUGGGCCUUUGUUGAAAAUUCUUUGUCCGGACAACUCUUCCUAAACUACUUGGACGAUUUCAGCAAAACUGGUUCAUCUGGGCCAACAAGAUUAGGAGGUAUAUUUUGAGAUGGGAAGGGAGUACAGGAAGUAUGUCACUGUGACCUUUAUACUUAAAUAAGUGUACAGCUCAGUAAAUAAAUUAUAUGUUACCGGUGGGGACUAUGGAUCGCUUUGGAAUAUUUUGCCUAAGUUAGUAGGGGGUAUUAGUUAGCCUUUGGCUUACAGUUCUGGUUUAUAUGGAAGCAGGGGGUAUUAGUUAGCCUUUGGCUUACAGUUCUAGUUCAAAAUGUGUAAUUUAUUUCAUUCCUUUCAGAGCACUUUAGAAGGAUGAAAGGGACAUAAUUUAGUCGCAUUAUAAACUCAAAUGUGCAGAUGUAUUAUUAAUUUAUUUAGAUAUGAUAAAUGUUUGAGAAUCUUUUAAUUUUUAUUAUACACAUAAUAAAAUGAAUUCUUCCUUAGUUUGAAUUUGUUUUACUUCUUAAGUUACUGGGUUAGUUUAAUUUUGGUCAGUUAUCAUAUUUAUUUGCCAAACCUACAAUAGUAUACAUUGUACCUCCACACUUUAACAAACAGGACACUAGAUAGUAACACAUUAGGUCCAAUAUUGUUUAAUCUGUUUUGUAAGGGUUGAUCCAUAAAGCUAGUUAUUUGGUCAGCUCAAAGGGAUGUUAGCCAAAGUCUACAAAUAUAAAUAUCCGCCAAUCUUAAAUUCACUUCAUGUUGAAUUUGUCAUUUGACUAUGAAUGCCAACUGAAUACAGCAUAAUACUUAUGCAUGUAUUAAACAUUUAAAAAAUAUAUUUCGUCUUAUAGCAAAUUAAGUAGAAUUUAUCACAAUUCAAUAUUUUGUUAAAAAAAACUAUGUAUCAUGUCAGCUUGUUUAAUGAAUAGAACAGCCAUCUGUAAGGGUGGGUCAGUUGUAUCCAAUGUUACAAUUAUGGUGUCUUCAUAAUGGGCCAUGGCAUUCGUAGCUGAUAUGAAAGUCAUCAGAAUUUGAUGGGAUAUAGAUUUGCAAUACCACUGUGUGGUAAAUAUUUGUAAAUGAGGUACAUGGACCAAAAGGUAUAUGAGAGGAUCUCGACCAA